AUGCCACUUUCGCCUCCUCCUAGCAGUCAGCCAACUAAACCGAAAUCUGCAUUAGAUGUCGCAGUCAACAAAUUGGUUAGAGCAUCCGUAGGCGGUGUUCCUUCUACCAUUUGUGACGAGGACUUGGACAAGUAUGUGGCUGAAUUAAUAUUGAAAGAGGCUUCAGAGAAGAAUAAGUUAUAUAACAAAGAGGGGAUUAGAGCAUAUCUGCCGAACGCAGGAAGUCCACCUUGCAAUGCCCCAAAGGCGAACAAACGAUUUUUGUUUAACUUUGUGAAAAAUGUAGACGAUCAUAAUCAGGCGUUGAUAAAAAAAACCGAGGAAGAGGCGGCAGCCCGCAUGCGCAGACUAAGGCGUAAACUACGAGGUUUUCCGGAAGAUGACGAAGACGAAAAAUAUGAGAGCAAUAAGAAUGAACAUAAAGGGUCAAGGUGGGACGAUCAUGCUCGUCGUGAUUACAAUGAUUCCAAUACCGAUUGCGAAAGCGAUGAUGAUGAUUAUUCGGAUAUGGAUACAUCGUCUUCGAGUGAAGAAUAUGUGGGAAAAGCAUCUUUAGCGGGCUCUUCUGCGAGCAAUAAUACGAUUAUACACAAAGGACGUGGGGAAGUCAGUGAUGGUACAAAGAUGGAUAAGUAUUUUCGUGAAGAUUAUAAUCCUGUGAAUGACAUUGAACCUUUUAUUAAGGAAAAUGGGUGGAGGUUAUCGCCGGGAGAUUGGGCCGAGUCAUAA